AUGGCAGAAGAUGAAGUUGGACAAAAUCAAUCUACCAAUCUAGAAAUCCAUUUUGAUAAAGAGAAUCAUAUCAAUUUUAGAGAUCAUGACACUUCAAUACCAUUACAAGAAUUCAACACCCCGUCAAGCAAUCAAAUGAAUGGUAAUCAAAACAAUCAUUUGCCAAGCACUUCAAAGUCCAUUUUGACAUGCAACAACACUUUAACAACGAAUAAGAGGCGUGUACUUAGGCCUCUUCGUAACAAUAUGGAAACCCCAUCUAGCACCGUGACUAAUGGUUCAUGUGUUGUUAAUAAAACCUUAACUCAAGGCAAUUUACGGUUUAAUCGGUUGUUAAUGCUAAAUUUGAACACUGUAACUAGAGGAUCAACUUCUCUUACAUCUUUGCAAAAUGGUUCAUGUGUUGUUAAUCCAACCUUAACUCAAGGCAAUGUACGGUUGAAUCGGUUCUUAAUGCCUGAGUUUGACAAUGUCAAUAGAGGAUCAAGUUCUGUUACAUCUUUGCAGAAUGGUUCAUGUGUUGUGAAUCCAACCUUAAAUCAAGGCAAUGUACGGUUGAAUAGGUUGUUAAUGUCCGAGUUUGACACGGUCACUAGAGGAUCAACUUAUGUUACAUCUUUGCAGAAUGGUACAUAUUUAGACUUUGGUGAUCCAAUAUAUUCAUGUGACCAUUGUGGUGCGGUGUUUUGGAUGGAAGAAAUGAUCAACCAAAUUUUGGGAACUUCAAGACCAAAGUAUUCGCUUUGUUGUACUCAUGGAAAAAUCAAGUUGCCUACUAAACCAACUCUGCCUGCUGCAUUGACUUUGAAUAAUGGUACUGCACCACCUGUUUUCCGCUUACACGGUCAGAAUUUCUACCUUUUGGGAAGCCUAAUGCCUGAAUUUGGCUCUCGACCGAAAGAAGAUGAUGUUCACAAUAAACUACAUGCAGAGAUAGUACAAGACAUACAAGACGCAUUAGAUCAAAACAAUGUCUUAGUAAAAAGUUUUCGCAUGGCAAGAACAGAGAUUGAAACAAAUCCGAUGGCAGAGAUUAAGAUCAAAUUAAUAGGAAAGAGGAAUAAGGAUGCGCGAACGUAUAAUUUACCACAAGUCAGUGAAGUGGCGGCUUUGAUAGUGGGAGACUUAGAUCCAAAUAUGGGAGAAUGUGAUAUCUUGGUGGAAUCAAGAUCUGGUAUUUUUAAAAGGAUUAGUGAAUUAAACCCGGCCUAUCUACCACUGCAGUACCCAUUGUUAUUCCCAUUUGGUGAAGACGGAUAUAGAGAGGAUAUUCAAUUCUCAGGUGUUCAACAACAAGGCCGACCUGGUCGUAUUAGGAUUAGUCCUAGAGAAUACUUCUCCUAUUAUAUUCAGGAUAGAAAAAAUGAGAUGUCAACAUUGUUGUUCGCAAGAAGGUUGUUACAACAAUUCCUGGUAGAUGCAUACACUAUGAUCGAAUAUGGGCGUUUAGUAUAUGUUAGGACCCACCAAAGAUCAUUGAGAUGUGAGUCUUAUAAAUGCUUGACAGAUGCUCUGACCCGUGGUGAACUUGAUCCAUCUGCCCAAGGCCGUCGAAUUAUUUUGCCUUCAACUUUUACAGGUGGUGCAAGAUAUAUGGUCCAAAAUUACCAGGAUGCGAUGGCAAUAUGUCGAUGGAUUGGGUAUCCAACUCUCUUUAUUACAUUCACAUGUAACCCAAAAUGGCCUGAAAUUGUCAGAUUUUUGGAAGAGAGAAGGUUAAAGGCAGAAGAUCGGCCAGAUAUAAUAUGUCGUGUCUUUAAGAUGAAGUUAAAUGCUCUAAUCAAGGAGAUUCGUAAAGAAAACAUAUUUGGUUCUGUUCUAGCAGUGAUUUAUACCAUUGAAUUUCAGAAAAGAGGUUUACCGCAUGCGCACAUAUUGUUGUUUCUGGCAAAUCACCGUGGGUCUGUGGCUGCAACAGAUUUAGACAACUUCAUUUCAGCAGAUAUACCAAGUGAGUUGUGCGACCCAGAGUAUCACAAAGCAGUAGAAGAAUUUAUGAUGCACGGUCCGUGUGGUACGUGUAGGAAGAAUUCACCAUGCAUGGUUAAUGGUAGAUGCUCCAAAUAUUAUCCAAAGAAAUUUGUAGAGAAAUCAACAAUGGAUGAAGAGGGUUAUCCUGUUUACCGUAGGAGUGACAACGGUAGGACCAUAAAGAAAAAUGGUAUUGAUCUAGAUAGCAGGUAUGUCGUUCCACACAACAGGCAUUUAUUGGUGAAGUAUAGGGCUCAUAUAAAUGUAGAGUGGUGCAAUCAAUCCAGAUCAAUUAAGUACUUAUUUAAGUAUGUGAACAAGGGGAAUGAUCGGGUUACGACUGAAUUCUACAACAGUGUUGCUGAUGAAGCUAAUGGAAAGGUAAUCGAUGAGAUCAAGAUGUAUUAUGAUUGUAGGUAUAUUUCACCCUGUGAGGCAGCAUGGAGGAUGUUCGCCUUUGAUAUACAGAUGAGGGAUCCGUCUGUAGAGCGCUUGAGCUUUCAUCUACCAAAUGAGCAAUCAAUCAUAUUUAAUGAUGAUGAUGUUGUCAAUGAUGUUGUUAACCGUUCAACUGUGAGACAAAGUAUGUUCACGGCAUGGUUUGAUGCUAACAGCAAAUAUAGCGAGGCAAGAAACUUGACUUACGCUGAAAUGCCAACAAAAUUUGUAUGGAAAAAAGAUAAGAGAGAGUGGCAUCCAAGGCAAAGGAAGUUUGCAAUUGGUCGUAUUUUUUAUGUUCCGCCAAAUAGCGGAGAAAUCUUCUAUCUUAGAUGUUUACUUAAUAUUGUGCGUGGACCAAGGUCCUUUGAUGAAAUUAAAUAUUUUGAGGGGGUGCAGUAUACUUCAUUUAGAGAUGCCUGUUAUGCACAUGGUUUAAUCGAGGAUGAUAAAGAGUAUGUUGACGCGAUUAGUGAAGCAGCGAUAUGGUCCUCAGCACAUUCUUUACGUAAAUUGUUUGUAACCUUAUUGACAUCAAAUUCAAUGGCGAAACCAGAGAAAGUGUGGGAUAUUGUUUGGCAAUACCUAGCUGAUGAUGUUGAGUUCAAUGCUAAAAGAAAUACAAGUAAUCCAGAUUUGAUGCUCAAUGACGAACAGAAGAAAAAUGGGGCACUAAUGGAAGUGGAAAAGUUGUUGAAUGCUUGGAACAAGUCUCUAAGUGAUUAUCCACCAAUGCCGAUGCCAGUGGAAAGUCAUGAAUACUAUUUCGGUAAUCGGUUGUUGUACGAAGAAUUGGCGUACGACAAAGAAGCUUUAAAGCUAGAACAUGAAUCUCUGUUUUCUAAACUAACUGAUGAACAAUUACUCAUAUACAACAAAGCGAUUGUGGAUGUUGAAUCUAAUAAAGGUGGUUUGUUCUUUGUUUAUGGAUAUGGUGGAACUGGCAAGACAUUUUUAUGGAGGACACUGUCGGCUGCUUUAAGGUCAAAGGGACAAGUUGUUUUGAAUGUAGCAUCAAGCGGUAUAGCCUCGCUACUUUUACCGGGUGGAAGGACUGCACACUCAAGAUUUUCUAUCCCCAUUGCAGUGAAUGAAGACUCAACUUGCAACAUUAGCCAAGGUAGUCCACUUGCUGAAUUGAUUAUAAAAGCUAAGUUAAUCAUAUGGGAUGAAGCUCCGAUGAUGCACAAACAUUAUUGCGAUUCACCAAUCCAAAAAGCUUAG